AUGGAUUGUUUUUCAUCGACCGGUGUUCAUAAACGAAUUUCUUCGUCUCCUCUUAACUCCAAUUUGAAUGUCAUGUUUUUCACAUUUUCCUAUGGUUUUGGAUAUGACCCAUCAACAGAAGACUACUUGGUGGUUCAAGCUGUUAAGAAGAUAUCAAAUGAUUGGGAAACCCACUUGGAGAUUUUCUCAUUGAGAGCUAAUACGUGGAAAGAAAUUGAGGGUACCCCCUUCCCUUACAUGAAUACCUCUGAUGUUCCAAGAAAUGGGUUGCUUUUCAACGGGGCUAUUCAUUGGUUGGCUUUUAACUAUGAUGAAACAGUGAAUGUUAUUGUUGUCUUUGAAUUAGUGGAAAGGAGCUUGUCAGAGAUACCCCUGCCAGAUGAUUUUCAUUUCGAAUUUGACUUUGAAUUUUGUGAUUUGUGCGUACUUGGAGGAUUUCUGUGUUUUUGGGUUCUAGGGGAAGUUACAACAGAUAUAUGGGCGAUGGAAGAUUACAAAGUGCAGUCUUGGACUAGGACUAUUAUUGGGUCUACUAAAGACAUUCCUACUAAAUACUUUUCCCCAAUAUGCUCUACAAAAAGUGGUGAUAUUUUUGGAAUAGACAACAGUGCACGAGACAGGUACUGA